AUAAAAUUAAAAAUGAUUAUUCCAGUUUCGCUUCACAUCAUUAUCACAUCCGUUUCAUGCAUGUAAUAUUUUUCAAAUCCAUCGCAACACGACUUCUUCGUGUUCAAAUCUUACGUGUCUGACGUUGUCUUAGAUGUCAACUCUGUCAGCGUUGUUCCGAUUGUGAAUCGUUCUUCGGCCAUGGACAGCGAUUCGGAAAACGAUUUCCUAGAAGACGACUACUACUCGAUAUUGAAUUUGCGCAAAUCAGCAACCCAAGAUGAAAUCACAAAUGCUUAUCGUCGCUUAAGUAAGAUCUAUCAUCCUGACAAACAUGUGGAUGAAACUAAGAAAAAAGAGGCUGAAAUAUUAUUCAACAAGACACAAAAGGCUUAUGAAGUUUUGAAAGAUCCACAUCAAAGAGCAAUUUAUGAUUGUGUAGGUGUUAAAGGUUUAAAGACUGAAGGAUGGGAAAUUGUACAUAGAACUAAGACCCCGCAAGAAAUUCGAGAAGAAUAUGAAGCACUAGCAAGGGAUCGAGAAGAAAGAAUGUUACGCCUUCGAACUAAUGCAAGAGGUGUAUUCACGGCUAAAAUUGAUGCCACUGAUGUUUUUGAACCCAACCAAUAUGUAGAUUAUGACUAUGAGGAGGAUAGUUAUAUAUACAUACCAAACAUUGAGGUAUCAUCAAUGUCCAUGUCAAUGUCUACUGAAGCUCCAAUUACUUUGCGUGAUACUAUUGUACUUAGUGGAAAUUUAUCAUCACGCACUGGUUCAGUAUCAAGUAGUUAUAAAAGACUUUUGAGUUCUAACGGAUGGAUUAAAUACGAUUUAACUGCUGGCAAUGGUUUACAUGUGGGUGCCAAAGUGUUCAAAAUGAUAACCAAAACGGUAUUUGGAACAAUAGAAGGAAGUUUAAAUGAUUUAUCUAGUGGCUCUUUAAAACCUAUGGGCCGAGUAUUGUUAGGUACAAGUUUGGGUGCUCGUACAACUGGUUAUAUAUCUCUUGGUGGUCGUUUUUCAUCAUUGAAGCAAACCAGUUUGUCUACUGAAGUAGAACAUAAUACUGAAAGAAGUUACUGUAUGUUUAAAGUAGAAAUUGGUCUUGCCCCAGCUAUCAGUAUGUUAUACACUUGGAAAUUUAUUGAACAAGACUUGAUGUUAAGAAUUUAUGCAAAAGCUGGUGUUUUAAAUUCAAAACUUGAAUAUGGUGUUGAAAAAAAAGUAUCUAAACUCAAUACAUUCGCAGCUACUGUUCAAAUUGAUACAAUUAAUGGAGUUACUCUUAAAAUAAAGUUUGUAAGAGCUAGUCAAACAUAUAUUUUUCCAAUUCUUUUAAGUCAUGAAGUGAUUACGCCUCCUAUAUUUUAUGCUACUUUUGUACCUAUUGUUUCUUGGUUUGUAGCAAAAAAUGUUUUAUUGGAUCCACUAAUGAAGGAGUAUAAAAAUAGGAAAAUUGUCAAACAACGUGAAAUUAAUAAAAAAAGAAUGGCAGAAUUACGUCAAGAAGCAUUAUCUGCCAUUAACUUGAUGAUGGCUACAAUGGAAAGAAUAGUGAGGGAUGAGACUGAAAAACGUGGAUUAAUUAUUGUAUUUGCUAAAUAUGGCUGUGCUGAGUUAAUAAACCAGGCUGGACAAUCAUUUAAUGAAAAUGAUAUAUUACAACCAAACAUUAUUGAUGUCACAGUUCCAUUACAAUGUUUAGUUAAGGAUUCCCAAUUAAUACUUCAUACGACUACAAAAUGUCAGUUACCUGGAUUUUAUGACCCAUGUAUUGGUGAAAAGAAAAUGUUAAAAAUUCAGUACACUUACAGAGAUCAAAAUCAUGAAGUAACAAUUAAUGAUAACGAACCUCUCCGAAUACCUAGACCUCAUUCGCUUCUCGUUAGAACUUCUACACCGCCAUCAUGAUUGAAGAAUCAAAUAUUACAUUAUAAAAUAGUUUAAUAUUUCAUUAUUAUUAUUUGCUUUUUGUGUUGAAGUUAUUGUUAAAAUUUGA